CCACUAUCGCCACAUCAUCCCACCCUUCAUUUUCCCUUCAAUAAAUAUACAAACAAAAUUAGGCUCAUCUCAAAGUGCUCUGUUUUUCCCGUCGGCGUGCUAAUGGCUACUCUGCCCAAUUCCUCUGUUCUGCUCCUCUUCUUAUUAGGAUUUACGUCGGUUUCGGCAACUGUUUUUACUCUGCAUAACACAUGCAGUUACAGAGUCUGGCCUGGAACCCUUUCCGGCAACGGAGCAGCCCUUCUCGGCGGCGGGGGUUUCGCAUUGUCUCCCGGAGAAAGCACUCAGCUUCAAGCCCCGCCCGGGUGGUCAGGCCGCUUCUGGGCCAGGACCGGCUGCAAUUUCGACGACAGCGGUAAGGGAAAUUGCGUCACCGGCGACUGCGGCGGCGCGCUAGAAUGCAGCGGCGGCGGCGUGCCUCCGGUGACUCUAGCCGAGUUCACCAUCGCCAACGGGGAUGCGCAGAAGGACUUCUACGACGUCAGCCUGGUCGACGGCUACAACGUCGGCCUCGGCAUCCGCCCUUCCGGCGGGUCCGGCGACUGCCAGUACGCCGGCUGCCUCUCCGACGUUAAUGGGAAUUGCCCGAGUGAGCUUCAGGUGAGGGAUUCCGGUUCGGUCGUGGCGUGCAGGAGCGCGUGCGCGCAAUUCGACACGCCGGAGUAUUGCUGCACCGGCGAACACUCGACGCCGGAAACAUGCCCGCCGACGGGGUAUUCUCAAGUUUUCAAGAACGCCUGCCCCUCUGCGUACAGUUACGCAUACGACGAUGCAUCAAGCACAUGCACAUGUGCCGGUUCCGAUUAUGUGAUCACUUUCUGUCCCAACAAUUGAUGAUGGAUGAUUAAUUAUUUAAUUAUUAACAGUAUAUUAUUAUCAUAAUUUAUUACUGGUAUUAUUUGUUUUUUCCUUACAAUCACUACGUAGUAUUCUUUUUAUUACAUUAAUAAUAAUACAUAGAUUAAAGUCGUACUUGUAUUUUCAUUUAUUUUUAAUUUUCAUCUUUAGAAGUUGAGAGCAAAAUUGAUAGUUUGGUACUUUGGUUAGCCCCAUGCAUGAUGGGCAUUUGUAGUUUCAUUGUAGUUUUUACAAAAAAAAGUCCAAA